AGUAUGCCCCAAUUUGCUUAUUCGCUUUCGCACAUUGCAUACUUACUCACUUGCAGCAUGCUUAAAUUAACGGUGUACAAUAUAUUAAUCUUCAUUGCCUUGGGCAAUGCUUCUUUUAUAGAAAAAUCAAAUUUUACAAUACUAACUUCGGAGGAAAUUGCUAACUGUGAGUUGGAAAACUCCGCCAAUGAGCUGGACACUGACUCUGUAAAUCGUAUAAAUGGCGGCCGGCCUGUAGAACUAAUCGUACCGUACCAGGUAUCGUUGCAGGUACUACGACGUGGUCGGUAUCACCACUUUUGUAGUGGUUCCAUUAUCAGCCCUCAGCACGUUCUUACCGCCGCUCAUUGCGUCACGAAGAUGAAUCCGAAUGAGAUUAGUGUUGUUGCCGGUACAUUGACAUGGCGCUAUGGUGGCGAUCGACACGGCGUUGUAGCUAUGCGCUCCCACCCGGGUUUCUCAUCGAGUUCAUUAAUUAUUAACGACAUUGCAGUGUUAAAGGUAACUCCGUCAUUCAAUUUGGCCAGAACGUCAAUAAGCAUAAUUUCGCUGGGUAGCCGAGCACGUGUCGGUGAGAAUGUGGCAGUGCGUUUGACAGGCUGGGGCUCCCUUACGCCUACGGGAUCGAGCGGCUUGCCAGAACGAUUGCAAAUGUUAGAUUAUCAAACCAUAUCCAACAAGGAAUGUGCGCAAAGUGGAUUUCGCAUAACAGCCAAUGAGUUGUGUGCCCUUGGCGAAAGAGGUCACGGCGCUUGUGUGGGUGACUCCGGUGGUCCACUCACAAUAUCAAACGGUACACCACAACUGGUCGGGAUUGUUUCGUAUGGCACCGCAACUUGCGCCCAGGGUCGGCCUGAUGUUUACACAAGAGUCUCAAGCUUUCUGCCAUACAUUAAUAGAGUAAUAAGCAGUGAAAUACCGUGAAGUUGUAAAACAUGCUAUUGUGAAAAUUAAAGCUUGAAAUUAGUGUUCAAACACCAGA